AUGGAACGGUCCAGUCCGCUCUCCCCGCUACCCGCGGACGAGCUGGCAGCAAAGGCGCGCCGCAAAAAAGUCCGCGUCUUCGCGCAGGACUCCUCGUCGAGCGACGACGCUCCCCUUCCUGAGGCAUUACCAAGCGACGACAGCCAUUCAGGGCAUAUGCGUAGCUCGUCAUACUCGGGGCCGGCGCAGGUGACACGCAUGCCCUCGAGCGGCAGCAAGCUCGCGCGUGCCUCGACGUUCCGGACAACCCCAGCGCCGGUUGCCGGACCAAGCAACUUUGGGCGGAAACGGAGCGACUCAAAGCACCAACGCUCGAGUAGCAUGCGUCUGAAUUGGCCGCGAGAGGUGGGCGGCUUCUGGCGCUUUGAUGAAGACGACAACCUAAACCGGGGGUUCGACAGGGGUUCGGACGACGACGACGACGAUUCGGUUGACGGCUCGAGACCCACCAAGAUUACCGACGCCGUGAGACGGGUUGCACACAGCGACGAUGGCAAGGGAUUAAUCUUGGCGACGCCACCGCCGGACGCCGCAGGUCCGCAGACGGACGAGGGCAAGGACCGCCUGGAAUGGCAGAGUAUGCUGGCCAGUGUGCUGGGCGGCGACAUUCUCAGGGGCGAGAGUAGCCGCAUCGGUGUCGAGCGCCCAAGCAAUGAGACGUACCGCAAGGCGCUCGGGGACAGCUUGUGGUGGCAACUACGAGCGCGGUUGCGCAACCGAACUGAGGAGGAGGAGCGACGACGCGUCGAACAACGACGCUCCAGAGUCGUUGACGUAGUGCUCGAGGAGAUUGAGAACUUUACAGUCAGGAAGGACUCGAACGUAAGCGCCCUCGAUCAGGUAGCAUACAUCCUCCAGAAGCUCAGCGUCGCCGAGUCCCUGUAUCCACAUCAGCACGCCUUCCGGACUGAUAAGCCACUUUACGACUCGGAGGCGUUCCAGCAACGGAUUGACGCCCUGUCCGCGUGGUACUCGGUCGUCACACAACUCCAAGCGCAGCUCGCCAUCCUCCAGAAGUGGACAGGCACAGAAGACCUGGACAUUACACGGCCAAAUACGACAAAGGAGAAGGCGCUCGUCGGCAACUCGACUUUCCACCCGCUCGAUGCCAAGGCGCGCGCCCAUGCCAACAACCUCGCCGCUGACGACUCGACGUUCGUCGACCGUGUCCUCAAGGAAGACUCGUUGAGGCGCACAUUCGAGAAGCGCAUCUUCCUAGAUUUACUGGCCAUCACUCAAAAUGCCAAGCAGACGGUGAUCGCCCACUCCCCCUGGCUCUCCGAACUACAGCUGCCGGACUUCCAAUACGAGCUCCUCCGCAUAAUCUCUUUCCCAGGGCGACUCAUCACCGAGGCCCUGGAGACGAGGUUGCGAGCGGCCGAGCGCUUAACAGAGCCAAAUGACAUGGUCGUCGAUGACAUGUGCAACAGCUUCCGGUCAUCCGUCUCGCUCUGCAUCAUCAUCCGACGACAGUACGAGGAGAUUGUGGCACCGGACCAUGACAAGCGGUGGAGCAUACCCGACAGCUUCCCGAAGGAGUAUCGCCAUGCUGUCCUCCAGUGCAUCAAGAUGUUCUUCAAACUUUUACACUGGAAGUUGCGGAACGGGAACAAGGCAGUCUACUUCCGGGACACGGAUGUCCUAGAGGACGAGUGGGAGUUCCUGUACGACGCGGCAGAGGCCAUAGAAGGGGUUGAUCUUGUCAUCGCCGAGAGCUUGUGCAGCCUCACUCACAAACUCAUGACCCGUGUCAUCGGCUACUUUGAGGAGCAGCUACGUAUCCCCGUUCGGCUGGAAGACUGGCCAGCGGUGCAGGCCGAAAUCAAGGCCAAGGAAGAAGCAGAGAGGGCCCGGCGGAGGGCGCUGGGCAAAGAGAACGACAAAGAGGAAAAGAAGGACAAACGCCGACCCAUGAACACCGAGGAGAUGGUGGCAUGGUUUGCCAAAAUCCUCGACGCGAUCAAGAUGCGCUAUCGCAAGUUGCAACGUUUCGCACGCCGCUUGACUCACCGGUUCGACAACUCGGCAGAAUACACGUUCGAGGACGAAGACACGGACCUGCUCAUCGAGCGUCUGUACGAGUCGGGCCACUUCCUCGUAUAUACACACGCGUACGAGGAGCAGGGCACGUACGUCUUCGCCGAUGGGUCGUUGUGGGACCGCCACAGCGACGUCGAGCAGCUGCUGUUCCGUGCAUUUGCCCUCAACUUGAGCGGCGAAGCCUACGGGAGAAGUCUCGAGCCAAUCAACGGGUUGUUGACCGACGCCGAGGACGAGGACGAGGACGAAGACGACGCGCGGUACCUCCUGCUGGUGUCACCACGGCAGUCGUUCGCCUGGACGGGCGCGGUCAUGACAAUCGAGGUCUCUGGCUCUGUCGAUUUCCGGCUCGAAGACAGCCGCAUCCGCUUGAUUGCCGACGGACCGAUGGCUCGUCUCAACCACUGCAAGAUGUAUUUUGCCCGCUCGUUCAUCGACCCCGAGAGCGAGGCCCCACCUUCCUUCGAGCCAAGCUGCAUCGUCGAGGCGCAAGCCCACUUACCAAAGGUCAAGCGAGAGCUUAAGCGGAUCGCGCGAGCUGCGCACAGAUUAUCUGAGUGGAUCAUCGAGUCGGCGGCGCACGUCAAGGGGGCCUUAAACGGUGGUGCCAGCACGCAGGACUUGAUCGAAAACUGGUACUUAUUCGCCAGCGACCACGGACACCGUGUCGCAGUGCACAUGGACUCACAGGCCUGGGCCCGGUUCUCACGGUUGCUCAUGAGGCUUGCUAUCUCAUGGGUGUCGUUCAUCUGUGACAACUGCGACCCGACCGACCGCAAGACGUUCCGCUGGACCGUCAACGCACUCGAGUAUGCCAUGUUAAUGACGCGCGGCAAUAACAUCCUCCACUUGAAUAAAGGGGAGUUUGCACUUCUCAGGUCCAAAGUUGCCAACUGCAUGACCCUGCUCAUCAGCCACUUUGACAUUCUUGGGGCGAGGUCGAGCAUCGAGGCAAAGAAGGAAGCCGAGAGGCUCGAGGCCCUCCGUCGCAUGGCGCACAUGUACGACUUGAACGAUGAGGACGGUUACCUCUUGCCAAGAACACCGUCGCCAUCGAGCGGGAACCGGGUACAAGCCAAAAUCGACCGCUCCCUCCGACUGGUGAGAGAGGACCGUCUCGCGAUGAUCAACGAGCUCGACACCCGCCUCGCCUUGCUUAGUGGCGACCAACACCUCGUCGGUCGGGUGCUUGACGAAGAGGUCAGCGAAGAUCGUGCCCUCGUGUUCCUCGCCGCGAGCUCCAGUAAUAUUUCCCUGCGCUGGCAACAGGGCGGUUACAUUGGUGGCGGUGCCAACGGAUCGGUUUACCUCGGCUUCAACCUCGACUCGGGUGGUAUCAUGGCAGUCAAGGAGAUCCGCGUUCAGGAUAUCACGAACUCUCCAGCCCUAUACAAACAGAUUAAGGACGAGGCGGACGUGAUGCAGAUGCUCAAGCACCCCAACAUUGUCGACUACUACGGCAUCGAAGUGCACCGCGACCGCGUAUACAUCUUCGAGGAGUACUGUCCUGGUGGCUCGCUCGCCAACAUCUUAGAACACGGCCGCAUCGAGGACGAAGAGGUCACAAGCGUCUACGCAUUCCAGAUGCUGCUAGGCCUAGAAUAUCUACACUCUAGAGGAGUCGAGCAUCGCGACGUCAAGCCAGACAACAUCUUGUUAGGCGCGAACCAGGUCCUCAAGUAUGUCGACUUUGGUGCGGCCAAGGUCAUUAUCAAGGGCAACCGCACUAUGGCCAAAACACGGGCCCUCAAUAGAGGCGGGCCGGCCGGCGAAAGGCCGGCGGUGAUGAACUCGCUAGCAGGCACGCCAAUGUACCUUGCGCCCGAGGUGAUCAAGGGCGGCACAGGUCGUUUAGGCGCGUCUGACAUCUGGGCGAUGGGCUGCUGCAUCCUCGAGAUGGUCACAGGCCGGAAACCUUGGUCCAACCUCGACAACGAGUGGGCAAUCAUGUUCCACAUCGGCAUUGCGACGCAGCAUCCGCCACUGCCCGAACCAGGGCAGAUGAGCCCCGAGGGUAUCGACUUUAUCCAACAAUGUCUGGCGCUUGAUCCCAUGAAGCGCCCAACCGCAGAUGAGCUCUUCAACCACAAGUGGCUCGGCGCAUUGAAGAAUCUGCGUGAUCAGCAGAUGGCACUUGGCAACUCGCCAACGGUCUCGACGAUGCCGUCCCACUUCAGCAGCCUGAGCUACGACUCACCAACUGACUUCCGGCUCUUUGGCCCAGACUCGCCAUCACCGUCCAUCACCUUUGACCACCCCCCAAUCCAUCUCCCACCACUGGUACACGCAACGACGGCCGACUCGGGCGUCACACCGACUCCUGCGCCGUCAACGCCUGCUGUUACGCCACUUUUGCCGACGUGGGCCGGCGGGCAGGGAAUGUUAGACUCUGCACCGGCAGGGUACGAGGCGAUGACGGCUACGUCGCCGGCAUGCGAAUCUGUGGCGACAGUCUCGACGCCUUCUGUCACCGAGCCGCCCGGUGUCAUGCCCGACAUGGCUACAGCUACAGAGCUAGGCGGCGCUGCGUCGCAUGUACCCGUCACAUCUGGACUGCCUGUUCAGAGUAUGGUGUCAGGCUCGGAGCCCACUGCUUUUGCGGGGUUACCGGCGUCAUCGGCGUGCGAGUCGCCAGACGUCAACUUUGCUGCACACGAGGAGUAG